ACAGUACUUGAGCUUAGUCAUGGUUCAAGCAUUUAUUACAUGUGUACGCGCAGUUUCCUUGACGAAAGUGCAGGAAUCCGUGUUUAAAAUCACAGGGGGUCAUCCCGCUAUGGUUCAGUACCACUGAAGGGGAUGACGCGUGUUACUGGCACACACACAAAAAAAAAACCCAACAACCUAUGUAAAGACCAGGUAGCGUCAUUUGACAUACAUAAAAGUACGAGGAAAUACCUUAGUAAUUUAUCUGAAAUGAAAAUAAGAUUUAAAAAAAAGAAAAUGGGUGGUUUCGCUCUUUUCCAGUGCUUUUCUCCUCCUAUCGAUAUCACGUGGUGGUCUAGUGUAGCCAAUCUCCAAGAUCCUCGGACACGCCGGCCCCAGAAUCUGAAUGCAGCUCUCAUGCCUCUUUAUAAAUACUGCUUAAAAUGCAGCGCUUUCUCUUGGUCGCGUAAAAUAGCCCAGGGUUGCAGCACUGUAUUGCUUUUUUUUGUUUUCCUAAUAAAUCGCCUUCGUUAUUUUUUUUUUCCCACUCCGCACGUUUUUUAGACGCCAGUUGCAUGCAUUGUCUGUCUCCCAAAAUGGUUUGCGAGACUAAAAUUGUUGCGGACGAACAUGACUCCAUACCUGGAACCAAGACAGAUUCCAGGAUCGUUUCCUCCUCGCGAAUGUGGACUUCGUCCUCGUCUCCGAAUACCCUCGAGGACAGCGUGAAAAAAGAUCUCGUGUUUAUCCGCGAGUUUGAGAGCUCUGACGAGGGGGAGGUCCGACGCAUCUUUUAUGAGGGGAUAAUGGAGAGAAUACCCAAUACGGCUUUUCGAGGGUUAAAACAUCAAACCAAAACGCAAAUUCUGUACGCGUUUAUAACAAUAAUGUGCUUUGUUCUGACCAAGUCCCUGGUGUUGACCUGCUGCGCGCCAUUCAUUCUAAUGGCUGUGCGCUACUACUUCAGUAGGAAAGUUAUCCUCAGCUAUCUCGAUUGCGCUCUGCACACGGACAUGUCUGAUAUCGAGCAGUAUUACAUGAAACCCACAGGCUCCUCUUUCUGGGUGGCGGUGCUGGAGGGGAAGGUGGUGGGCAUCGUGGCGGCGCAGGGCAGCGAGGAGGACAACACGCUGGAGCUGCGCCGCAUGUCUGUGGACUCGCGCUACCGGGGCAAGGGCAUCGCCAAGGCGCUGGGCCGCAAGGUGCUGGAGUUCGCCAUGCGCAACAACUACUCGGCCAUCGUCCUGGGCACCACCGCCGUCAAGGUGGCGGCGCACAAGCUGUACGAGUCGCUGGGCUUCCGGCACGCGGGCGAGAAGGAGGAAUACACCCUGCCCGGGAUGAGCCGCUCGCUCAUGGAGAGGAUGUUUUUCCAGAUCCGCUACCACCGCUACCGCCUGCAGCUCCGCGAGGAAUGAGUCCGCCCCUUUCCCACCUGGGUUGAUUUUUGGUUGUCGUUGCGCCUAUAUAUCUUUUUUCCCCCCCCUCAUCACCUUCUCCUCGCUCUCCCUUAAAAGACCCCGUCACCAUAAACCCGCCCACUCGCCCUCCUCGCACGCCUCUUUCCUGCCCCCUGCUGGCCGGCAGGGUGCCUCGCUCCGGAGGAUGAGGCCGCCUGGGUUUUCACCCACCUCCCCCACCCUGCUUCCCCCUGCUAUGCUCUUUGCCUCCCAGCCUCUACAUCCCAUUGCUCCCCCUCAUCAGAGCUGCCUGACGGGCUGGCCGGGGGCUGGGGGGAGAGUUGGCUGGGCUGGCCGGCCCCGGUGCGGUCAGUACUGGCCCGGCUUUCAGCAGGACUGGGCGGGCGUGGCUCUCUGAUGAGAACCGUCCCUUUGUCCCAGCCCCAUGCCUUGAUACCUCCAAUGAAGCACAGUUAAAUUCCACACAGCAGUAUUCGUGGGGGCUGGGUUAGGGGGAGAGAGGGAGGGAGAUCUAUACUGUACAGCGCAUUUCCAUCUCCUCAUGCUAGGCAAGGGACGAAAGACAAAACCCGAUUCCUUUUCUAAAAUUGCUGUAGACGUGUCGAAAAUGCGUGGGGAUUGUCGAGCGUGCUCUGAUGCAUGAAUAAGAAAACUCGAGCUAAAGUUUGCUCACACAAACGCCCGGUACUGUCAGCAAGGCACUGUGCUGCCUUCUGGGAAACCGUUAGAAACAUACAGUAUAUACUCUAUAUAUACGUGCACGUGUGUGAAUGAAGUUCUCAAAACCGACGAGGAAGGGUGGACUUCCCAUUGAUGAAUAAUGGCUGGCCUUGUUUCAGAAAUGAGUCUUAAGAUAUUUUGGUCUAUUAGCAAAAGGACAGACGAGUCUAAUCCAUAAAGGAAAACCAUUUCACUUUUUUUUUACAGCCGCGUUUGCAGCAAUAGCCAGAGGUCGCAUGUGUACCCGUACUGAAUUUGGUCUGUAAAUACGAACAGCCUCACGCUGACGAAACUCGUAAAACAGGAUGUAACAUUUUACAAUUACUGUAAAAUUUUAAGUUCAAGUUCUAUCAUUACUACAUUGGAGAGACUAAGCUGCUGUGAGCACUUUUUAAUACAGGAAUACUUAAAGUAGGUUUUUAAAGUAAUUGGAAUGAAGCAUUUUCUGAUCUUAGAAGCAUCUCCGCCCUUUUCAGCUUAAAGAUGUUACUGGCGUGCUUAUUGCUGCAUUUGUCAAAUUAUAAAAUUUAAAAAUAAAGACCAAGGAGCACAAACAAGAACUUCAGUGUCCAAAUUGGGCACAUUUGACUUAAUGUAUUUCUACAUGCGAACACGCAGACUAUAUAUAUUGAUAUACUGUACAACUCAAAACGAUACAUGUAGACAAAACCCCCAAAAUCUCUCUCCAUUUGCUUUCUCCUUAUAACAAGCCAGCAAAGGGAGUGACUGUAUUAGCCCAGUUUGUUAUAUACUGUAAAAACCAUUCUAUUUAAGAACCCAAGAGGAUGAGUUUUCUUGCCUUGUCUUUCAUGCUUUCUGUUAAAAUGACUGCAGCCCUGGGCCAGACCUCUGCAUGCGCCUUGGAGUCUCAACUGUGCUGCUGUUUUCUGUUCUCGCUUGUGCCGAGUGAUGUCAUUGGAGCAGAGAGGCAGCUGCAGGGCGUCGGAGAACAGUUGGGAGUCCUCUCGGAAGCUUUACAGCAUGGGAUACAGAGGCUACUAUUCCGAGUGCUUGUAUCCGAACUGUUGGUAGGAAAAGAGGGAAAACAAACAAACAAGUCUCCACAGGACUGUAUGAGACGCCCUGCACAGCGCCUUUGCUCAGUGAAGUAGCUGACUGCUUGGAUGACAUCCCACUUGUGAAUCGUAGAAUGCAAGACCCAUGCAAUGCAAAACUGGCAUGUGUCUGUACCUGGUGCGUGCGUACAGUGCCUGCCUUUUUAAAGAGCUAAGAAAAAAGCUUCUUUUUUUUAGCGUACGAUAUAAGUCUGUGUUUGUUCAAAGGAAUUUUGCAUGAAAUGUGUCUUAGAGGGAAAUGACGAAGAGGGGGGAGGGUUGGGGGGGGUGGUGGUGAAGAGAAUCACUUGACAAGUUCUAACUACAGCACUGGAAAUGUUUUUCAUUUUGUUUUGGGUGUGAUCUAGUCCAGUGAAGGGGGAGGCGAAGGGAUGACUUUCAGUGUGCAAAAGAACCCCCUAAUUCAUUACACUGGGUGUGUAGAAGUUCCCCUUAUCCAAAGGUAGGGGGUACUCCUUCUUUUCUGGAUCCUGCGGAAUGCUAAUGUCAGCUGGAUUUGGUCAUCCCGAUACACUCUGUUUGAGAUGUUCAUCUUGAUCGGACACUCUUGAGAAAUACCAAUUUUCACAUGACUGCUCUGCUGCUCUUCCCACAAAGUCAUACUAGGUCUCCGCAAACCAGAUUUGAUUUGAGAGAUUUUUUUUUUUACUGGCAUACUGCCA